AAAACAGAAAAAAAAGAGAGAGGGAGAGGAAAAACAGAGUCCAGCUCUAGAGGUGGUGACGCAGAGGGUGUUAGCGCCACUUCUUCUCAACCUUUUCCCCAUAAACCCAACCAACCCUGUCAUAAACCCUAAUUUCAGCAAAUGCCACCCUAACUUCCCCAACUGAAAAAACCCACUCCCCCUAACUCCACACCAUGCCUUACUCCGCCUUCUUUCACCGCUCUAUAAUAAUCCGCACCACCUCCACCGCCAUGUCCCUCAAACCCCGCCACCACCACCACCACUUCUCCCUCCUCCGGCGGCCGUCGCUCCUCCUCGGAUGCUUCAUGAACGCCAACGGCCACUACCACACUCACCCCGUCACCGGCCUGCUCAAAUGGAAUUCCGCCGGCUGCUGCCGUCACGCUGACGUCACGUGCCUGGCCUCGGCCUCGGCCUCGUCCUCGUCGCGUGCGGCGGAGAGGACGGAUUGGAAGCAGCGGCGGAGGAGCGUUGCGGCCGUGCCGGCGUGGUACCAGCAGCAGCAGAAGCAGGGGUAUGGGAGGUUUGCGUACCAGGACAACGAGUCGGGUAGUGAAGAUUCGGACCGGGAGUGCGGGUCGGGUCAGAGCUCUCGCCGGGAAAUGACUGGUUCGACCCUUGACAACAUCGAUGAGUGGAGAUGGAAGUUAACCAUGCUUGUUCGCAACAAAGAUGAGCAAGAAGUGGUGUCGAGGGAAAGGAAGGACAGGCGUGAUUUUGAUCAUCUUUCAGAACUGGCAAGAGGGAUGGGUUUAUAUAGCCGUCAGUAUUCAAAGGUCGUAGUCUUUAGUAAAGUCCCUCAGCCAAAUUACAGACCUGAUCUGGAUGAUAGGCGACCACAAAGAGAGGUUGUCUUACCUUUUGGACUGCAUAAAGAUGUAGAUGCUCAUCUCAAAGCUCAUCUUUCUCAAAAGCCAAUGAGCAGAGGAAAUUUAUCGCAUACUUCAAUGUCAAGGUCAAGUAGUAAUGGAAGUAUAGCUAAAGACGGGGGACUCUACGAGCAGGAGGAGCCCUUGAUACAGAAUAGUGUUGCCAUGGAGAGAAUUCUUCAGCAGAAAAGCUUGCGAUUGCAAAAUAAGCAACAAGAAUGGCAGGAAUCCAUCGAAGGUCAAAAGAUGCUUGAACUUCGUAGAAGUCUGCCUGCAUAUAAAGAGAAAGAUUCCUUGUUAAAAGCCAUAUCCGAAAAUCAGGUCAUAGUUGUCUCAGGUGAAACAGGUUGUGGUAAAACUACACAACUUCCUCAGUACAUUUUAGAAUCUGAGAUUGAAGCUGGUCUUGGAGGUGUCUGUAGUAUUAUUUGUACUCAGCCUAGACGAAUAUCUGCCAUGUCUGUUUCUGAAAGAGUUGCUGCAGAACGUGGGGAGAAUCUGGGGGAAUCAGUUGGUUACAAAGUUAGGCUGGAAGGAAUGAAAGGGAGGGACACGCGGCUUCUUUUUUGCACCACAGGCAUACUAUUGAGAAGAUUACUUGUUGACAGAAAGUUGAGAGGUGUUACACAUGUCAUUGUUGAUGAGAUUCAUGAACGUGGAAUGAAUGAAGAUUUUCUUCUUAUCGUUCUGAAAGAACUUCUCUCUCGUCGUCCUGAGUUGAGAUUGAUUUUGAUGAGUGCAACCUUAAAUGCUGAGCUUUUCUCCUCAUACUUUAAUGGUGCUCCAAUGAUCCAUAUACCUGGUUUUACAUACCCGGUCCGAGCAUAUUUUCUGGAGAAUAUUCUAGAAAUGACUGGAUAUCGGUUAAAUCAAUAUAAUCAAAUUGAUGAUUAUGGUCAAGAUAAGACGUGGAAAAUGCAGAAACAAGCUCAAGCUUUCAAAAAGAGGAAGAGCCAAAUUGCUUCUACCGUUGAGGAUGCACUUGAAGCUGCUGACUUUAGGGAGUACAGUCCAAGGACUCAGGAGUCUCUGUCCUGUUGGAAUCCGGACUCCAUUGGUUUUAAUCUCAUUGAGCAUGUGCUUUGCCACAUAGUCAGGAAAGAACGGCCUGGUGCUAUUUUGGUUUUUAUGACUGGUUGGGAUGACAUAAAUUCCUUGAAGGAUCAACUCCAAUCUCAUCCCCUUUUAGGAGAUUCUAGUAGGGUCCUGCUGCUUGCCUGUCAUGGUUCCAUGCCUAGCUCUGAACAGAGGUUGAUAUUUGAUAAACCAGAAGAUGGAGUUAGGAAAAUCGUUCUGGCUACAAACAUGGCUGAGACCAGUAUCACUAUCAAUGAUGUAGUAUUUGUGAUUGAUUGUGGAAAGGCGAAAGAAACAUCAUAUGAUGCACUCAAUAAUACUCCCUGUUUGCUUCCAUCCUGGAUAUCAAAGGCUGCUUCCCGGCAAAGAAGAGGAAGAGCCGGUCGUGUUCAACCUGGCGAGUGUUACCAUCUAUAUCCCCGAUGUGUAUAUGAUGCCUUUGCUGAUUAUCAAUUGCCUGAACUUUUGAGGACGCCUCUGCAGUCACUAUGUUUACAAAUCAAGAGUCUACAACUUGGAAGUAUUUCUGAGUUCCUUUCUAAGGCACUGCAGUCACCGGAACCUUUGUCGGUUCAAAAUGCUGUUGAUUAUCUGAAGAUCAUUGGGGCUUUAGAUGAUAAUGAAGAUCUCACAGUAUUAGGUCGCCACCUGUCAAUGCUUCCGGUUGAGCCAAAACUUGGGAAAAUGCUCAUAUUAGGGGCUAUCUUCAAUUGUUUAGAUCCAAUAAUGACUAUUGUUGCAGGCCUUAGUAUGAGAGAUCCAUUCAUGAUGCCAUUUGACAAGAAGGAUCUUGCAGAAUCGGCAAAAGCACAAUUUUCUGGCCGUGAUAGCAGUGAUCAUCUGGCUCUUAUCCGAGCAUAUGAUGGUUGGAAAAAUGCUGAAAGAUCACAAGCUGGUUAUGAGUACUGCUGGAGAAAUUUUCUUUCUGCACAAACUCUAAAAGCCAUUGACUCUCUUCGGAAGCAGUUCUUCUUCUUGCUCAAGGAUGCUGGUUUGGUUGAUCACAACACCGAGAACUGCAAUACAUUGAGCCAUGAUGAACAUCUUAUCCGAGCAAUCAUCUGUGCAGGAUUAUUUCCUGGAAUAUGUUCUGUUGUGAACAAAGAGAAGUCGAUUUCGUUGAAAACAAUGGAAGAUGGACAAGUACUUCUGUACUCGAAUUCUGUCAAUGCUUCAGUGCCUAAAAUUCCAUAUCCAUGGCUAGUUUUCAACGAAAAGGUGAAAGUGAAUUCAGUAUUCCUCCGGGAUUCAACCGGCGUAUCUGAUUCUGUGCUCCUUUUGUUUGGAGGCAACAUUUCCAGGGGUGGACUGGAUGGGCACCUGAAGAUGUUGGGAGGAUACUUGGAGUUUUUCAUGAAUCCUGCAUUAGCAAAUACAUAUGUUAGCUUAAAGAGGGAACUUGAGGAACUGAUUCAUAAUAAGCUUAUAGAUCCCAAAUUGGAUAUGCAAUCUCAUACUAACCUCCUAUCAGCCCUAAGAUUACUGGUCUCUGAAGACCGAUGUGAUGGUAGAUUUGUCUUUGGUCGCAAGAUGCCAGUACCCUCAAAGAAGAUAACAAAAGAGUUAGGUCCAGGCACCUUGAGGGUUGGCGAUAAUGGUAAAAGCGGGGGUAACAAUUCCAAAAGUCAGCUGCAAACAUUGCUUGUCAGAGCAGGACAUGAAGCUCCCACCUACAAAACAAAACAACUGAAAAACAACCAGUUUCGGUCCACAGUGAUCUUCAAUGGGUUGAACUUUGUAGGGCAGCCUUCCAAUAGUAAGAAACAAGCAGAGAAGGAAGCGGCUGCUGAAGCUGUGCUCUGGUUAAAGGGCGAUAACCAUUCAUCUUCCACAGAUAUUGACCAUAUGUCAAUGCUUCUAAAGAAGAGCAGAAAGAAAAUCCAUAAAACGACCUCAUUUGAUAGCGCUAAGUGGAGUUGAGCAUUCUUUUUGCAUAUAGUGGAGUUAAGCAUUGCUUUCAAAGAGUUGCAUUAAGCCUUGCUUUUCUUAGGAUGGAGUUAAGCAUUGAGCAGUAACAAUGACAAGCUACUGGAGGCCGGUCUAACAUGAAAGGUUUGGGUGAAUGAAAUUUGAUUGUCAAUCUUCUCGGGUGAUGAACUGCCACUAGUCUAGAAGCUACAUCAGAAUAAAGGAUUGGUGAUUGAUUGCCUUUACGGACCGAUCUUUGGAAAGGGGUAAUAGAUUAUAUUCUUUAUAGGCAUAACCACCCAUAUUUUUGGAAAUGGGUGGUUAUGCACAUUCUUUAUAGAGCACGGAGAAGUACCUUGGCUGUUGAAGUUGUAGAUUAUUCUACUCAGGAUUUACUGCAGCUUACAAAGGAUCACAUGGAUCUUUGCCUGCUACUGUGCCAAUGAGCUGCCCGUUUGUAUAUAUAGGUUUUGGAGACCGCAGUAAGAGCAAAGUGAGGGAAGUCCUUUGUUUUCUACUAAAGAGGUAUCUGUAAAGCAACAACUCAUUAUUGUCACUUAUGUUAUUUUAGAGGAAAGGAACCUUGCACUAGAACUUGUGGCUAGACGACAAACACCAGUGAGGUUCCGAGUUGGGAAAUAUAUAAGACUUGGUUAUUCAUUUCUAUCAAUCCAUUACUUUUUUUUUA